CGACCUAUUGCAAGGAAAAUGGCAGCCUCCACACUUUUAUUUUGGUAGUAGUCUGCCUGCAAAUUUCCAGCUGCAGAUCAUCUUAAUAACACUUAACAAGAUAUAAAAUGUCAUCUCUACAGCCAGGUCCGUCAUCAAGUUCUCAAAAUACGACUACUCAGGAGUUUAUCGUAAGACUUCCAAAAGAUAGGAAGAGAAAGUUUUCUGUGAUGAAGUUUGGAUCAGGUGCUGGAGUGGAUUUUACAAGACUUGGAGAUAUGACAGCAAAGAUGGAGAGGGAAAACAAUUUAAAAGAAUACAAGACCGCAAAUGAUCUGGAUACUAUGCCAAAGUUUGGUGCUGGAAGUGAAUACGGCAGAGACCUAAAAGAAGAAGCACGCAGGAAGAAGUAUGGCAUUAUCAUGAAAAAGUACAAUCCAGAAGACCAGCCUUGGCUUUUGAGGCUAGGUGCCGGCAAGCAAGCCAGGAAGUACAAAGGCGUAAGAGAGGGAACAAUAUCAGAAAACACAUCAUACUACAUCUUCGUGCAAAGUCCAGAUGGUGCUUUUGAAGCUAUCCCAGCGCAGGAAUGGUAUAAUUUUGCACCUGUCAGUCGCUACAAAUAUCUGAAUGCUGAUGAGGCUGAGGAGGAGUUCAGCAGAAGGGACAAGACUCUCAACUAUUUCAACAUCAUGUUGAAGAAACGCAUGAAGAAUGAGGAAAAAGAGGUAGAGCCUGACGAGGGGGAGAAACCUGCAAAUAAAAGGGCUUCAAAAUCUAAGAAGAAAAAUAAGGAUUUUCUACUUACAGACAUGGAUGAAUGGGCAGAUCUUUCUGAUAUUGAUGAUGAUGAUGACAUGGAUGAUGAAGAAGAAGAAAAGCCUAAAGAUGAGGGAGAUAAGUCUAAAAAGAAAGGCAAGGCCAAAGGUAAAGGCAAACGGGUGAAGAAUGCAAAACAGAACUCUGAUGAUGAAGCUGUUGAGGAAAGUGAUGAAGGAGAUUUUGAUGACAGAGAAGUUGACUACAUGUCAGACACAAGCAGUAGCAGCAUGUCAGAACCAGAAGAGAAGGAGAAGAAGUAUGAGGAGAAGGGGGUUGCAGAAGAGGCUGGGCUGCGUAACAUUCUCGCUUCUGAUGGUGAGGACGAUGAAGAAGAGGAGGCAAAUGAAGAAGAAGAAAAUGAGGAAGACAAGGAGAAGGAGGAUGACCAAGCUACUAAAGAUAAAAAGAAUGAAAGUGAAAGUAGUAGUUCCAGCUCUGACAGUGAAUCGGACAUUGACAAAGAUGAAAAGAUAACCUCUGCUUUACUUAUGCAGAAAGAGAAGAUGGACAAGAAGAAAGCCCAACAUGAAAAAUCAGAGAAGAAUAUGUGGUCUGUAGACGCAACAGAUUCAAAAGGUGUCAAGAGGAAAGCUGAAGCUGAUGGCCCAAAUCCCAAAAAGGCCAGGAGUUACAGCCCUCUUCCCUCAGUCGGCAGCUCUUCAAGUGAUGGUAUAACAGAAGAGGCUAUUAGGAGGUACCUGCAACGCAAACCAAUGACUACCAAGGACUUGCUGCAGAAGUUUCGCUCCAAGAAGCUUAAUAUGACCAGCGAACAGAUGACCCACACGAUUGUCCAGCUUCUUAAGCGGAUCAACCCGGAGAAGACUCAUGUCAACAAAAAACUUUACCUUUCACUCAAGAAGCCAGAGUAGCAUGCCGUCCAGAAUUGACUUUCUUUGUGCGCAAAUUUUUAGCAUGUACAGAAUGCUGGGAAAGGGGUAUGGGCUAUUCAUAGACUGUGUAAACAUCUUUUUUUUCCUUUUCAUUCUGUUUCCAUUUUUCCCAUAAUUUGUCACAUGAGCACCAAGUUAAACUAGAUGUAAUUGGUGGGGAAAAGUUAUUUUUCUAAGAAACCAGGCUGAUACAUCUACAAGCUCAUUUGAUUUGGGGGGAGAGGUUGUAUUUUUUUUUAAGCUUUUCCUCCACACUGCUUAUCAUGAGCUUCAUCUGUUAACACACACCUUUAAUUGUGGGUGACACCUCUCACAUAAAUGCUGAGCUUAGAUUGGAGUUAGGAAAAGUGAAAUGUCCACAACUUCAUGUCUAGUUCAUGCAGCCUCUUGUGAUAGCUUGAACAUGAUGGUGUUACUUCUCAUUAGAUUUGCUUACAAUUCACGUGCACUUCACAGUGCUGUUAUGUCGGCUACAGUUAUUUAUGCAUCAUGCACCAACCUAGCUGCAUUUUGCAUAUGUGGUUGGGUGGUUGUUUUUUUUUUUUUUUUUUUUGUUGACGUUGUUUUGAUCAAAUCAGGGAUCAGAUCUGUCUGCAAUCCAUUUUAUCUUUUUGUGUUAUGCUUGUCAUACUUCGCUACUCUCGUUUGUUUCUUUCACAAUCUUAAAGGAUUUCUUCUUCCUAUUCCUAUACACCUCCAGUGGAGCAUAGAGCCACAACUACACCAUGCCAUCGGACCCGGUUCUGGGCGUCCCUUUUCAAUUGGGACCCUGUCAUCCCAGCUGUCUCUACCUCUCUGUGGACUGAUCUCCAUGUCUGUCUGGGUCUCCCAACCCUGCGCCGCCCCUGUGGGUUCUAGCUCAGAGCUUGUCUCGUUAAAUUGUCGGCCGGUUUUCGCAUGUUGUGACUGAUCCAGCCUCACUUCCAAUUCUUGAUAUCUUGGCUGGCAGGAUUUUGGUUGGUUCUCUCCCACAGGUCUGUAUUGGAGAUCUUCUUGGGCCAUCUGAGGUUGAUCUGUUGACAAAUGACUGAAUCUUGUUGGUGAUGGUCUUUGUCACACGCUAUAUCUCAGAUCCAUAUAGAAGGACUGACUUAUGUUUGCUUUGAAGAAGGACUUCACUUCUGUAAAAUGAGAUCUGAUCAAAGGUAAAAGUUGAAACACAAGAAUUUGGUAGAAAGAGGGGAGGGAAAAAAGAUAUUAGCCAAAUUUAUGAAGUCUGUGGACAGGUGUUUUUCUGUGUAUAGCUGUCUUGCAUCUUCAGAGUAUAUGUAGGGGAAAUGUCUCAAGUUCGAGAAGGGAAAUGUUAAAAGGCAGGUUCUUUUAAUGGUGUGCAUGGUCUGUUUGUAUAAAUGACUGGAGAUAUUUAAUGGUUUCUAUUCGAGUCAUAAUGAGAAAGAGUUAUUGCUCAGAAUGCCUUAGAAAAGUAUGAAACGUAAGUUUAAUGAUGCCUAGUCUGCUGUCUGAAAUUUGUGUGUGUGUAGCAAGGUGAGGUAUUUCUGCAGGUAUGCAUACAACAUAGGUGGUGGACUUAAGUCCAUCAGAGAAUAAAAACUAUAGAAAUUAGAUCCAUUCUGUGUAUAUGUGAGAGAGACAAAAUGAAUGACAGAAACUAGUCAAUAAACUAUUGAAAUGGUUUUAUAUUUAGCAAUAGAUGUUUUAAGACAUCGUCUUACAUAUUUCUGUCUGGAGAAGGGAGACUACCUGUAGUAAACUUUUUUAAAAAAUAAUGUAGGUUGUCUCCCACGUGACUGAUCCCACAAAUGUUCACUGACAAAAUUUUGGGGACAGUAAUAUAUGUCUAGUAAAUAUUAGCCUGUCUGUUUUUUUUCCCCUAAAGCAAACUUUAAAAGGAACCAUCCUUCUAUGUUUAUUUUUUUAAUUUAUCAUUUUGUCGUUAUGAAGCUUUUCUACAUCUGGUGCAAGAGAAGAAAAACAUGAUUCCGUAAAAUGCUCUGAAGUUAAUAUAUCUUACCACCCUAAAGAGAUGUGUUAAAUACAUGUCUACUUAUAAAUAUGCAUGUUAUAUCCAGAAAUAUAUGUGAAAAGCA